AGUCCAGCACAUUUAGUAAACUAUCCAAGGAAUGUCUCUUAUGUCAUGUCUUCCCAUUUAAGAACAAAAUCCACAGCCAUCGUAGACACUAAAAACAUUAAGGACCAACAAUCAACAAAUCCCAUAGCCUUCGUAGAUAUUAAGAAAUUUAAAAAGCAACAGCAAGUUUACUUGAAGUAUCUGACAAACCCCUGUCGCGAAAAAUGGGACAACCCAAUGACGUAGGAAACCUGUUGUCCUCUCCAGUUCAGUUUCGGUGGGUUGCAAGCAUGGCGUCCAACGCUUUCAGCGAAAUAACCGAGGAAUUUCUCGUCUGCCAGAUCUGUUUGGAAGACUUUAGGCAGCCUAAGGUGCUGCCGUGUCUUCACACCUUCUGCCAGCCGUGUUUGGAGAGGCUCCUGGCCACAGAGCCGGUCGGGAAACUCUCCUGUCCGACGUGCCGACAGGACGUGCCUCUCCCAGAAAAUGGUGUCCAGGGGCUGAAGUCCAACUUCCUCGUUUGUAAAUUGCACGACAUUAUGCGACAACAACCAAAAGUUAGCGGAAAAACAUCGGAGUCACAGAGGGAGGGAAUCCCCUGUACGGCCUGUGCGAGAGGCAUCCCUGCCGAGUUCUACUGUGUGGAGUGUACCGACUAUCUGUGUCACGUAUGUAACGACACGCACCGUGGGCUCAAGGGGACCAGGUCCCACAAAGUUCUAGCGAUUCAAGACCUACAAUCAGGGCGUCUCGCCAAUGAGAUUCGGGCAAGAGAAUCAUCCAAGUGUGAGGAUCACAAUGAACUGAACAAGUUCUACUGUGACACCUGUCGCCGGGUCAUCUGUCUACACUGUGUGGUAACGGCGCACAAAGAUCACCAGUAUGUGGAGAUAGAGAAGGCGGCAGAGAGGGAGAGGGCAAAGAUCAAGGCAAAACUGUCGACAGUGAAGAACACAGCAGGCCUGCAUGAGAAGUGGAUAGAAGAGUUACAGUCAGUAAAGAACGAUUGGCCUUUACAGGUACAGCGUACAGAAGAACAGAUAAAAAAUCAGGCAGAGGCUAUCAUAGAGGCCGUUCAGAAGGUGAAAAGUGAGAAAAUCAGUCAGCUUCGCGCCAUGAAUGCUGCUCGGGAGAAACAGAUGGAAGCCGCCAUGGAGGCAGCUGAGAUGGACCUGGCCUCAGCCAAGAGCUGUGUCCAGUUCACGGACAAUGUGUUGGAGUACGGAAGUCCAGCCGAGGUCAUGUCGGUGGCCGGAGAACUGACCGCACGGAUGGAGCAAACCGCGGACGAGAAAAUCGCAAAGAGGGCUGAACUGCCCAACGAUUUCACGAACUUGACCUUUGACCCACCAGCUGGUGACCUUGUACCGGAGGUUUCAAAAUUGAUAGGUGGGAUAAAACAAACAAGAGUUGCAUUCACAAGCACACUGUUAUCAGUUAAAAUAAACGUGGAAAAGGGUACCCGACACGGAAGUCCUACACUGCUAAAAACUGUUGGUCAGGAAGGCAGUGGAGAUGGACAGUUUGACUUCCCUUCAAUUAGCACUUUUAUAAUGGGACAACCCAAUGACGCAAGAAACCUGUUGUCCUCUCAAGUUCAGUUUCGGUGGGUGGCAAGUAUGGCGUCCAACGCUUUCAGCGAAAUAACCGAGGAAUUUCUCGUCUGCCAGAUCUGUUUGGAGGACUUCAGGCAGCCUAAGGUGCUGCCGUGUCUUCACACCUUCUGCCAGCCGUGUUUGGAGAGGCUCCUGGCCACAAAGCCGGUAGGGAAACUCUCCUGUCCGACGUGCCGACAAGACGUGCCCCUCCCAGAAAAUGGCGUCCAGGGGCUGAAGUCCAACUUCCUCGUCGGCAAGUUGCACGACAUUCUGCGACAACAACCAACAGGGAACGGGGAUACAUCGGAACCACAGAGGGAGGGAGUCCCCUGUACGGCCUGUGAGAGAGGCAACCCUGCCGAGUUCUACUGUGUGGAGUGUACCGACUACCUGUGUCAGAUGUGUAACGAAACGCACCGUGGCCUCAGAGUGAGUAGAUCCCACAAAGUUGUAACGAUUCAAGACAUACAAUCAGGCCGACUUACGGCUGAGCUUCGGGCUAGGGAGACCUCCAAGUGUGAGGAUCACAAUGAACUAAACAAGUUCUACUGUGACACCUGUCACCGGGUCAUCUGUCUGCACUGUGUGGUAACGGCGCACAAAGAUCACCAGUAUGUGGAGAUAGAGAAGGCGGCAGAGAGGGAGAGGGCAACGAUCAUGGCAAAACUGUCGUUAGUCAAAAACACAGCAGAUCUGCUUGAGAAGUGGAUAAAAGAGUUACAGUCGGUAAAGAACGAUUGGCCUUUACAGGUACAGCGUACAGAAGAACAGAUAGAAAAACAGGCUGAGGCUAUCAUAGAGGCCGUUCAGAAGGUGAAAAAUGAGAAAAUCAGUCAGCUUCGCGCCAUGAAUGCUGCUCGGGAGAAACAGAUGGAAGCCGCCAUGGAGGCAACUGAGAUGGACCUGGCCUCAGCCAAGAGCUGUGUCCAGUUCACGGACAAUGUGUUGGAGUACGGGAGUCCAGCGGAGGUCAUGUCGGUGGCCGGAGAACUGACCUCACGGAUGGAACAAACCGCGGAUGAGAAAAUCACAAAGAGGGCUGAACUGACCAACGGUUUUAUGAACUUGACCUUUGACGCGCAAGCUAGUGACCUUGAACGGGACCUGUCAAAAUUGAUAGGUUGGAUAAAAGAAACAAGAGUGUCAUUUACAAGCACACUGUCACCAGUUCCGAUAAACUUGGAAAUAUGUACCCGACCAGUAAGUCCUACACUACUAAAAACUGUUGGUCAGAAAGGCAGUGGAGAUGGACAGUUUAAAUGUCCUACAUCACUCGCUGUCACCACAGAUGGAGAAAUUGUAGUGGCUGAUCGUGACAACAGACGUCUGCAGUUUCUUGACAAAGAUGGCUCCUUCAAGAAGAAAGUUGAACUGGAGUUCAACCCAUGGUGUGUGGCGGCACUGACAAAUGGUAAUCUGUUGGUGACAGGAGACGGACACAACAUCCACGUACUGGACAAACAGGGGAGGGCUGCACGUGUCAUCCAGGUGAUAGGGGCUGCAGAGAAAGAUAUAACUACACUCGGUAUCGCUGUUGACGGUUCAGAACGUAUCAUCGUCACUAUCGGGUACCAAGUGUUUGUACUCAGUCCCAGUGGUGACGUCAUUCUCAAGUUCGGGGACAAAGGUCAAGGUCAGCAGCAAUUGAGUUCCUACCUCCAUCUGACCGUCAACAGCAGCAACCAAAUCAUCAUCAGUGACUAUCUCAACCACAGCCUGAAGAUAUUUGACCCCACCGGUCGUCAUCUCUUUACCUGUGGGUCACGUGGCUCAGGGCCUGGACAGCUUAGUGGACCCUACUGUGUCAUCACGGACAGUGAGGACAACAUCAUCGUGGCUGACUGGAACAACCAUCGUGUUUCCGUGUUCAGUCGGGACGGCACGUUUAUCAGACACGUGCUGACACCGGCGGUACACGGACUGAGCUAUCCAAAGGGACUAACACUUACUCACGACGGACAUUUGGUUGUUUCUGACAAUCAUUCUAUCAAGAUAUUCAAGGUGUAAGGAAAAAGGCUAGUCAAAUCUUCUAAAUUUCUUACACUGUACCAUCUGUAUAUUAUAGGAGGAAUAAGUACAAAAUAAGUCUAUCAGAAGCCCCGCUUCAGGGCCUACAGGACAUUUAGCGUUCAAAUAAGCCAUAUUACCCAGAUCUUUUGAUAUAUCAGCCAAUUCUAUUUAUUCAGCUGACAUUAUACACAGUACAUUCUUAAUCUCAAGGCAUAAUGUAUGAUGAA